AUGGAUUUGUGUUUUGCACGUUUGGCUCAUUGGCUGGGAUUAUUCUUUGUUCCUUUGUCCUUCUGCUCCGCCAUGGCUUCGUCAUCAAUCUCUUCUGCAUCCUGUUGUCAAGAAGACAUGGUUAUCAACAAGUUCAUGAAGGGCGGUUCGGGCAUGGUAAUUGCGGUAAUGAAAGCUGUGAUGCUGAUGGCUUCGAAUGCACACGCAGCACCUCUCCACUUUGUUCAUCCGGAGACCGCUUCAGUUUUUUUGGCCUUGGUUGAUGAGUAUCUGGGGUUAUGCUGUACUAGUGGGUUCAAUGAAGAUUCUUGCAAUAUCAAUUCACGCAGGUACGUCCAACACAUUGCACCCUUAACACACUUCGGUAACCUUUCCCCAUGUUUGCGUAUAAGCGAGCCGUUGCUCAUUGCAAACAUGUUGGCGACACGAACACUUGCGGGCUCCAAACAGGCUGGCUGA